GGAGGAGAACAAGGCGAGCCCUCCUCGGGCAGAAGCGCCUUCUCCCUCGUCCCGCUGGUGGAUGCUCCCCGGCGAGACCGGCUCCAGGGGCCGCGCCCAGAGCGACGUCUCCUCUUUCUGCACGCUGCGAAAGAGCCACCUGCAGCGGGGCGCGCUCUCCGGCUCAGGCAUAUCACUGCCCCUGCUCCAUGCCAUUUGCAGCUGCUGGCAGAGGGAACGAGAGAGCACACAAUGUGACAAUAUCACAAGAGUUGAUGGGAUAGACAAGACAUCAAUUGCAAACUCAGAUGGGCCAAACCCAGGAUCCCGAAGUCCUUCUUUCAAGAGGAAAGGCAAACUUUCUACUAUUGGCAAAAUCUUCAAACCAUGGAAGUGGCGGAAGAAGAAGACCAGUGAAAAAUUUAAAGAAACAUCAGCAGUGCUGGAAAGAAAGAUAUCAACAAGGCAAAGCAGAGAGGAGUUGAUAAGAAGGGGUGUCCUGAAGGAAAUAACUGAACAAGAUGGAGAGAUAACAGUAAAUUAUGAAACCUCAAACGGCCACACGAUAGUAAUCACUGAAGAAGCCAUACAGGGAGAAAAUGUCACGAAGACCACAGAAGAGAAUAACUCCACAUCGGCAAAAGCACCACCAGCUACAGAAGAGAGAAAAGACUGCAAAAAGGAGAAACCUCUUCCUAAAGGUUCCGAAACAUCGACACCCCGUGUCCCACCACCGCCACCUCCUAAAUCUAAGCCUAAAGCUAAAAAAGCAACCAUACCUCCAAAAAAUGCUACUGCUGCUGCCACUAGCCAUAAGACUAAUGAAGUGCCACAUGCUAAAAAAAAGGGCAAGGCUCCUGCUAAGCAGGCCUCUGCACUGCCUCCCAAGCCAACAAGCCGCAGUGCAAACCGAGAAGCUGCUAGUUCCUCGCACGUAAAAAAAGUGCACACUUCCAAGGCAUCGUCGUCAUCUCCUUCAUCCACAUCAUCUCGCCCUAAAACCUCUAAAGAGCCCACGUCAAGCAAAACAGGCACAGGGACACCCAGAGACAAGAAGAAGCAUGGAAAGCAGGUGACCGUGCGGACGUCUGCCUGUGGGGACAUUUCUUCCACUUCAAACACAGCAGUAGGCAACUCAGGAGCAAAGGUUGAAAACUCUAAACCAGAAGAGCCUCUCUCUGUUAUUUCUGAAGCUGGAGACACAACACAGCCAAGCACAGCUACUGUUCCUCCCCCUCCUGCUGUUCCGCCACCACCCCCUCCUCCCUUCAUCCCAUCUCUGUAUCCAGGCUCUCAGCCCCCUGGUUUCUCAGACACACAAGAUGUGCCAGUUAGCACUGAAAUAUCUCCGUCUGUCCCUGGCACAGAUUCUAACGAUCUUCACAUAAAAACUGAAGCAGAUAGUGAAAGCUCUUCAAGCAGUGCUGUCCUAGACAACAGCCUGGAUACUGAAGGAGAAGACACAGAAUGUUCUGUUACCAAAGAAGAUCAGGAAAAAGAGAGCCCUGACCAACCAAGUCCUGCCCCAACAGAUGAACCUUCUGAAGCCCUAAACACUCAAGAAAGUGAGAGCUACAAAGAGAAUCACACCAGUGACUCUGAUUCGGAUGGGCCAAUACUCUACACAGAUGAUGAAGAUGAUGAUGAUAGUAGUGAAAGCUCUUUAGCAAGCAAAAUACGCCGUAGGGAUACUCUUGCAAUCAAACUUGGCAACAGGCCAUCGAAAAAAGAACUGGAAGACAAAAACAUCUUGCCGAGAACAUCUGAAGAGGAGAGGCAGGAAAUCAGACAUCAGAUUGGCACAAAGCUAGUGAGGAGGCUUAGCCAGAGGCCUACCUCAGAAGAACUAGAACAGAGAAACAUCCUAAGACAAAAGAAUGAAGAAGAGGAACAAGAAGCUAAAAGAGAAUUGAAGCGCAGUCUCAGCAGAAAGCUCAGUCUGAGACCAACAGUGGCUGAGCUGCAAGCAAGAAGAAUCCUGCGUUUUAAUGAGUAUGUGGAAGUAACAGAUUCUCCAGAUUAUGAUCGUCGUGCUGACAAGCCCUGGGCAAGGUUAACCCCUGCAGACAAGGCAGCAAUAAGGAAAGAAUUAAAUGAAUUUAAAAGCACUGAAAUGGAAGUACAUGAAGAGAGUCGGCAGUUUACAAGGUUUCACCGUCCAUAAGUGUUUGAAAAUAUCCUGCAAUCCAGACACAAACUUAACAUGGGGAGAGCACAGCAUCUCAAGAGUGCACUGCAACUGAAAUGUCUGCAGCAGUUUAACCUGAAGUCAUUGUCAUUUAACAAAAGUGAUGAAUCUAAGAGAGAACCUGGAAGGAAUGUGAAAGCAGUUGCAUAAUAAGAGAGGAAAUGGUAUUGAGGUCAUCUUAUUCAGAGUAAAUUGUACCUUUAAUGGCUAUUUAAAAAAAGAACUGAUGGCAAUUGUUGCCAGGAAGUAGUAAGAAUCCACUUUCAUGUAUGUUAGAAACAGACAGAAGAGCGUCCCUACCUGUCAGCCAAUAGAAUAAUGUAAGGGCAAAAUUAAUAGCAUUCUUCAUGAAAGUAACCUAAUGCUAUAUGGGGGUAUUGGAUAACUUCUUUAAAGUGCAAAUCCAAGAAUGUGAGUAAUUCUGUGUGUGCUGUUCCAGAAUCCUCAACUUUUUAUAGCCAAGUGAAGAACAGAAAGUUCUCUCUUCAUAAACAGGGCUUACAAUACAGUGCAGUGCCAGUGAAUUUGCCAGUAAUUAGUCCUAGCUGGAUUCAUAGGCUUUUAAAUAAUAAUAAUAAUAAAUGACUAUCAUGCUUUUUAAAAGUGCAUUGAGGCUACAAUCUUGAGCACAACUGGGCAGUAGGGUGUGGUCAGAACUUUUGAACAUGCAACUAUGUGCAGGAUUGCAACAUAGAUUUUUUUUAAAGGAAAAUCAUGGUCCUCCAUAAUCAUGUACUAAUUUGAGAAACAUGUUGAGGAAGAACAAUAUAUGAAAUUAUAAUAAAAGAUGCAGAUUGAAAUGCCUUUUGAAAAAUCUGGUUUUUGAAGUCGGGGCUGAAUUGCUGACUUCUAGCCUUGCUUAGGCUGCGAGUCUUGACAAUCAAAUUCUGAAGCCAAACAGAAAUGAAAGUGAACAAUAAAGCAGUUUAGCAAGUAGUUUGGGUCUAUUUCCCCCCCUUUAUAGCUUAAGCUACAUUAACGGAUUCUUGGAUCAGAGUACAUAGUAUAAGACCUAGAAGCUGUUCAUCACUUGCCAAGACUUUCCCUUUAACCUGCACAGCCUCAUGCUACUGCCGUGUGCCAGCACUCUCGUAGUUGGCCAUUCCAGGGCAGAAAGUGCAGACGUUUUUUGAUAGACAACAUCAUUUGCUGGCAACAGAAUAUAUGGGUAUUACAUUGUCUUCGUGUUUGGGACUAUGUGCAGAGAAUAUUAGUAUGGGCACGGCCCUUCCCUAUGUGACCACUGUGUCUGCAAAUGAGGGGUGGGGAGAACCCAGACCACAUAACAGAGCCUUGUUUCUCCUCUUUUAGCAAAUGUACACAGGCAUUGUGUCAGGAUGGUCUGGGGAAUUAGGCUGCCUCUGCACAUUUCUUAUAUCUUUGUCCAGCCUGCUUGAUCAAGUCAAGGGGAAAGGGCUGGACUGGGAUAUGGAAGGUGAACACAGAUCUCAGGUCCUGCUUGUGGACUUGCCAUAAGCAUCUGGUUGGCCACUGUGGGAACAGGAUGUUGUACUUGAGGGGCCAUUGUCGUGACGCAGUCUUAGGUUCUUAUCUCCCAUUCCCUAAAAGGGUCUGGUGCGCUCUAUAUCAAUGUACCAAACAGGUGAAACCAGAGCUCUGCCAUGCCCUUCAGGGAUCUCUCAGCCAGUGGACUCUGUGCCUGUGUGGGGAAGGGUUGUUCCAUAGGUGUCCCUACAACAUCCCCAUAAAGGACCUCGUGAAAAUUAUAGAAAGGCCUUGGAACCUACAGCCUGUAUUUGUUGUGUGUUAAUAAUGCGAAGCAAAUUGUCUACUUUUAUACUAUCUUGUAAUUGUAUUUGUGAAUACAUGUUUAGUUAAGUUUAAACAGUAUACGGUGGUGAGAGAGGCAAUAUGUGCUUUAUUAUGUUGGCCCUGAGUAUGUUGGCUUGUUAUAAGCCUAUGACAUUGUUUACACUAAAAAUUGUCUUAUAUUAGCACUUAUUUAUCCUUUUAAUGUACACGGUGAAACUUCUGGGCCUGAAAUACACAAUGGCAUGUAUUGCAGUAUUACAAUAUAUAUAUAUAUGCUAUUUAUCCUUUUUAAUGUAUGUACAUACUACAAUUUAUUUUUGUCUAUGUGCCCUGUUUAGUUCUUAAUUAUAAAAGAUAUGUAUUUUUUUCAGGCAAUAAAUGGUCUCUGUCACUUAAUUAUUAUUUUUUACCUCAA